UUGCCAAAGAUGUCUCGCUCAAAGGAGGUUAUCAUUAUCGGGGGCGGCGUUUCAGGCCUUGGAAUGGCCAUCCAACUCAAACGUCUCCUUGGACACGACAACUUCACCAUCUUCGAAAAGUCGGACAACAUCGGCGGUACUUGGUGGCACAAUCGAUACCCCGCGUGCGCCUGCGACAUUCCAAGCCACUUUUACUCGUACAGUUUUGCCUUGAACCCUGACUGGACGUCCAUGUACCCUGGUCGUGACGAGCUCCAUCGCUACUUCAUGUCAGUCGCUGAAAAAUUCAAUAUCCUUCCUCACUGUCAGUUCAACACCAUGUGUUUGGAUAUGAGCUGGGACUCGGCUCGCAUGCUUUGGACUUGUACUUUUGAGAACAUGCAGACGGGAGAGCAGUUCAUCCGUGAAGCGCCAAUCGUCAUCAGUGCCAUUGGUACGCUGGAUCGCCCUUCCAUUCCCGAGAUUGAGGGUGCCGGUUCCUUCGAAGGGAAGAUGUUCCACAGUGCUCGAUGGGAUGACUCGAUCGAGGUCAAGAACAAGAACAUUGUCGUCCUGGGCAAUGGUGCAUCGGCAACGCAGUUCGUCCCUGAACUGGUGAAACAAGCCGGUCCCAAAGGAAAGGUCACUCAAUUGGUGAGGAGCGCUCACUGGUGGACUAAAAGAGGCAAUCCAACCUACUCAUCCGCAUUCAAGUUUUCGAUGAAAUAUGUCCCACUAGCAGCUCGCAUGUACCGCAUCCUGCUCGCUUGGGAACUGGAGAAGGUGUUUUAUUCUUUCCUCAUGACCAAGGAUGGAGCACGAAUGAGACAGAAGAUCCGUGAUACUACCUACUCAUACAUUGAGAACGAUGCUCCACCCGAGUACCGAGAAGUCUUGAGGCCCGACUACGAGCCCGGCUGUAAGCGAAGGGUCAACACGGCCACGUAUCUCGCCGCUUUACACUCUCCAAACAUGCACUUGGCCAAGGAUAAUGUCACCAAGAUUGGCCCACGCCAUGUCGAGACCGCAAGUGGUGCCACCUACCCAGCAGAUGCCAUCAUCUACGCCACUGGGUUCGCGACCCAGAAGUGGCUUUAUCCUCUGGAGAUCAAGGGCGAGAAUGGUCUCGACUUGCAUCAAGUUUGGGAUACCGCAGGUGGAGCUGAAGCCUACAAAGGCACCGUCGUCACAGGAUUCCCCAACUUCUUCAUCCUGUAUGGCCCUAAUGCUGCCACGGGUCAGCACUCGGUCAUAUUCCACUCCGAGUGCCAGAUCAAUUAUACCUGCCGCCUACUUCGCCCAGUCCUCACAGACCAUGGCCCUGCAGCCUCCAUCAUGGUCAAGCCAGAGGCUCAGCGCAGUGACCUCGCCUGGGUGCACGACAAACUCAAGAUUCUCGUCUUCAAUAGCGGCUGUCAGAGCUGGUGGAUGGACCCCAAGACGAAGAAGAACACAUUCAUCUACCCGGAUCCCAUGUUCCUCUACUGGCUGCGGACCAUCUUCCCGCGCUGGUCCGACUUUGAAGUCCGGAGGGUGGAGAGCCCAAAGUCUUCGGUUCCCGGGAUCUUUGUGAGCGCACUG